AUGACCUUAAUGACAAAGUCUUGGUCUGUCAUUGUCUUAGAGACAACCCUCAAGGAAGGCCAGGCCGAGAAGCUGCCUGACACAAAGAAGAAGCCUGCGGCCAAGAAGGCUGGUGGCGAUGCUGCGCCCCCGGCAGCCAAUGCAGCCAAAAAGGGCGACCCUGAGGUGAAGAAGUCCAAAAAGGGGCAGCGCCAUUGCAGCCGGAACCCUGUCCUGGUUAGAGGAGUUGGCAGGUACUCCCGGUCUGCCAUGUAUGCCAGAAAGGCCUUGUACAAAAAGCAGUACACAGCUACUAAGACCAAGGUUGAGAGGAAGAAGAAAAGGGAGAAGCUCCGUGUCACUGUCACAAAAGUAGUCUGUGGUGACAAGAACGGUGGUAUCCGAGUGGUGAAGCUUCGAAAAACGCCUAGGUAUUAUCCUACUGAAGAUGUGCCUCGGAAGCUGCUGAGCCAUGGCAAAAAGCCCUUCAGUCAGCACGUGAGAAAGCUGCAUGCCAGCAUCACUCCUGGGACCGUCCUGAUCAUCCUCACUGGACGCCACAGGGGCAAGAGAGUGGUUUUCCUGAAGCAACUGGGAAGUGGCUUGCUGCUUGUGAGAACACACCAGAAGUUUGUCAUUGCCACAUCUACAAAAGUUGAUAUCAGCACCGUUAAAAUCUCUAAACAUCUGACAGACGCUUACUUCAAGAAGAAGCAGCUGCACAAGCCCAGGCACCAGGAGGGCGAGAUCUUUGACACGGAGAAGGAGAAAUAUGAGAUUACCGAGCAGUGCAAGGCUGAUCAGAAAACUGUGGACUUGCAGAUUUUGCCAAAGACCAAAGCAGUUCCUCAGCUGCAGGGCUACCUGCAAUCUCAGUUCUCCCUGACAAAUGGCAUGUAUCCUCACAAACUGGUGUUCUAAGUUGCUAACAACCUAAUUAAGCAGC